GCGGGGUGGGCAGCACGCCGGCAUCUGGACCCCUGAGUUCAGAACGCGGCCCCGGCGAGUGGCUGCUGUGUGCUCCUGUUUCCGGCUAUGUACAGCGCCAUGGACCUGACCUUAAGCCGGGCGGAUUAUCUCCAGGUGGGGGUCACCUCUCAGAAGACUAUGAAGCUGCUUCCUGCCUCAAGACAGAGUGCUACACAAAAGGUGGUUGUUGGAGAUCAAGAUGGGGUUGUCAUGUGCUUCGGCAUGAAGAAAGGAGAAGCAGCAGCAGUAUUCAAGACUUUACCAGGGCAGAAGAUUGCCAGGCUGGAACUAGGAGGGGUUCUUAACACACCUCAGGAGAAAAUUUUCAUUGCUGCAGGAUCUGAGAUUAGAGGCUUCACAAAGAGAGGAAAACAGUUUCUCUCUUUUGAAACAAACCUUACUGAAAGUAUUAAAGCUAUGUACAUAUCUGGCUCUGACCUCUUUGUUAGUGCCAGUUACAUCUAUAAUCAUUAUUGUGAUUGCAAAGACCAACAUUAUUACCUCUCCGGGGACAAAAUCAACGAUGUUAUUUGCCUUCCUGUGGAAAGAUUACCUCGAAUGAUGCCAGUGCUGGCCUGCCAGGACAGGGUGCUCCGAGUUUUACAGGGAUCUGAUGUGAUAUAUGAAAUUGAAGUUCCUGGACCACCUACAGUCUUAGCCCUACACAAUGGAGAUGGUGGUGACUCAGGAGAAGAUCUUUUGUUUGGCACAUCAGAUGGAAAACUUGGGCUUAUUCAGAUCACUACAUCCAAACCAGUACACAAGUGGGAAAUUCGAAAUGACAAAAAGAGAGGAGGUAUCUUGUGUAUUGAUAGCUUUGAUAUUUUGGGUGAUGGAGUUAAAGAUUUCCUUGUUGGAAGAGAUGAUGGAAUGGUGGAAGUAUAUAGUUUUGAUAAUUCAAAUGAACCUGUGCUACGAUUUGAUCAGAUGCUGUCUGAAAGUAUUACAUCAAUCCAGGGUGGCUGUGUAGGGAAAGAUGGUUAUGAUGAGAUUGUUCUGUCCACAUAUUCAGGCUGGGUUACAGGUCUGACAACAGAGCCCACACAUAAGGAAAGUGGACCAGGAGAAGAAUUAAAACUUAAUCAGGAAAUGCAGAAUAAAAUUUCUUCUUUACGGAGUGAGUUAGAACAUCUGCAGUAUAAGGUACUGCAGGAAAGAGAGAACUACCAACAGUCUUCACAGUCAAGCAAAGCAAAGUCAGCAGUUCCUUCAUUUAGUAUAAAUGACAAGUUUAUAUUGAAUAAAGAUGAUGCCAGCUACAGCCUUAUUUUAGAGGUGCAGACUGCAAUAGAUAAUGUCUUAAUACAGAGUGAUGUUCCAAUAGAUUUACUUGAUGUGGAUAAGAAUUCUGCUGUUGUUAGCUUUAGCAGCUGUGACACUGAGUCAAAUGACAACUUUCUUCUCGCCACUUAUCGGUGCCAGGCAAAUACCACCAGGCUGGAACUCAAGAUUCGCUCAAUUGAAGGCCAAUACGGCACACUUCAGGCAUAUGUGACUCCCAGAAUUCAACCAAAAACCUGUCAGGUCCGCCAGUACCACAUCAAACCUCUUUCACUCCAUCAAAGGAGUCACUUCAUUGAUAACGACAGACCCAUGAAUACAUUGACUCUAACAGGCCAGUUCAGUUUUGCUGAAGUUCACUCCUGGGUGGUGUUUUGCCUGCCUGAAGUUCCUGAAAAGCCUCCAGCAGGAGAAUGUGCAACAUUUUACUUUCAAAACACCUUUCUGGAUACACAACUUGAGUGUAUAUACAGGAAAGGAGAAGGAAUUUUUAAAUCUGACAACAUUUCUACAAUAUCCAUCCUAAAAGAUGUACUUUCUAAAGAAGCUACAAAAAGGAAAAUUAAUCUCAACAUAUCAUAUGAGAUAAACGAAGUAUCCGUUAAACAUACUCUAAAGCUUAUCCACCCGAAGCUGGAGUAUCAGUUGCUUCUGGCUAAGAAAGUGCAGUUAAUUGAUGCCUUAAAAGAAUUGCAGGUUCAUGAGGGAAAUGCAAACUUUCUGAUUCCAGAAUAUCGGUGUAUUCUUGAAGAGGCUGAUCACUUGCAAGAAGAAUACAAAAAGCAGCCUGCACAUCUUGAAAGACUCUAUGGUAUGAUUACUGAUCUCUUCAUAGAUAAAUUUAAGUUCAAAGGUACUAAUGUAAAAACAAAAGUACCUCUUCUAUUGGAGAUUCUUGACAGCUAUGACCAAAAUGCAUUGAUUUCUUUCUUUGAUGCAGUUUGAAAGAUAAACAAGGAGUUGGAACUGAUUUGCACGUGAUUUCUCCCUUCCUUGUAAAUAUGAUAGUGCUGGACUUUGUGAAAUACUUGGCUUAGUGCUGUUGAUUGUGGACAAAGAAAGUAAGAAGAGCUUGCUUGACUGGAGGGAAUCUUAGCUUGAUGUAAUCUGCCUGGCUAUAGAUAUGCACAAGUGAAGACUUUACCUCACUAGUAUCCACUAAAUUCCCUUUUAUUAUAUAUGAAGGAAAAGAUGACUUUGAAGCUAUGGCUUUAUUCAUUCAUUUCAGGGAAAUAUUGAAAGUUUUAAAAUAAAGAUAUUGGAAAUUAA